AUGACUUUGUUCCCCACCAAGUUUGAAAAUGGGAAGAUUGAGUACAAGAUAAGGUACAAGGGGAGAUCAAGGCCAUUCUCUAGAGCCAAGCCUUGGUGUCAAGGAGCCAGCUCGAUCGAGCUCGAAGAAACAGGGCAACUCGAUCGAGUUCCACAACUCGACCGAGGUAAGUUUUUGAAUUUCAAAUUCAUAACCGUUUUCUUGGUCAAGGGAGUGGGUCCCACAAGCUGA